GACGCCCGGACCCGCACCGCGACCAGCCGGGGAGGGGAGCCGGGUGGAGGAGAAGCUGAGUCACCCGCCCCCUUUAUGGUGGUGUUCCUAAACCAGACUAUGUGCCCGCAGAGAAGCUUUCGCUCCAUGUUCAGCCCCCCUCGCUCGGCAAUGCCCACCGCCCCCGUUCAGCUCCGGGAACUUCACUAAGCUUUCGCCCGGCGCCCAGUCAUGGGGGACAUGAAGACCCCGGAUUUCGACGACCUCCUGGCAGCCUUUGACAUCCCCGACCCGACCAGCCUGGACGCCAAGGAGGCCCUCCAGCCGCCCAGCGAGGAGAGCGAGAGCCCCCUGAAGCCGGCCGGGAUGGGCCUGGACGAGGGCCUGCCCCUGGCCCCCGCCGGCCCGGCCCCGGACGUCCCCGCCGUGAGCGUCAUCGUGAAGAACACGAGCCGCCAGGAGUCGUUCGAGGCCGAGAAGGAGCCCCACCCCGUCCUCCUGCACAACGGCUUCCGGGGGCCCGACCUGGGCCCGGAGCCCCCCGGCCCGGGCCCCCACUUCGGCAAGUUUGACUCGCCCUUCGUGAACGGCGACAGCGCCCGGGGCUUCCCCGGCGGCAAGGCCGAGCCGCCCAAGGCGGAGCCGCUGCCCACCUUCAGCCAGUUCAGCCCCAUCUCCAGCCCCGAGCCCGAGGAGGCCCUCCGGGAGCCCGGCGCGGGGGAGAAGCAGAGGCCGGCCGAGAGCCCCUUCUUCCCCGCCCCGCCCGGCUCGGCCCCUCCCGGGACGGCGGUCCUGGAGGCCCUGGGCAAGCUGCCCGAGCUCAGCAUGUUCGACCACUACUGCAAAAAGGAGCCCAAGCAGGAGCCGCAGCCGGACGGGGCGGCCGAGCCGGAGCCGGGGCCCGGCCGGGGCGAGGCCCUGGCCUUCCCCGGCAACCACGUCGGGGACCCCUCGGGCCCCGGGCCCGAGCCCGGCCCCUGCUCGUCCGUGCCCCCUCGCCAGCGUCUCAAGCCGGCCCACUCCAAGCUGUCGUCGUGCGUGGCGGCCCUGGUGGCGCUUCAGGCCAAGAAGGCGGCCGCCGGCCUCGCCAAGGACGACGGGCCAGGGGUGGCCCCGGAGCCCGCCCAGGAGGACCCCAAGGGCGGCAGCCCAGGGACCCCCAAGUCGCCCCAGAGCCCCUCGGAGGCCGGGCGGAGGGCUGGCCGGGCGCCCCCGGACAGCCCGCGCAGCGUGUGCAGCGACAGCAGCGCCCGGGGUUCCCCGCCCGCCAUCCCCAAGGUCAGGAUCAAGACCAUCAAGACGUCGUCGGGGGAGAUCAAGAGGACGGUCACCCGCAUCCUGCCCGACCUGGACGACGCCGGCAAGUCGCCCGCGGGGGUCGCCCGCGGCCGGGCGCCGGGCCCGAGCAGGGCCGCCGGCCGGUCUCCUCCCACCCCGGGCGGGGAGGCCGGGAGCCCGGGCGGGGACGGGGCGGCCCCGGCCCCCUCGCCGGGCGCGAGGCCGCAGCCGGGCCCGGCGGCGCCGGCGUCCGCCCCCGCCAGCUUCCUGCCCAAAGCCGUGCACCUGGCUAACCUGAACCUCGUUCCGCACAGCGUGGCUGCCGCCUCCGUGGCCGCCAAGUCGUCGGGGCAGCGGCGGGGCCAGCCCCAGCCCACGCAGAUGUCGGUGCCCCUGGUCCACCAGGUGAAGAGGGCCGCCCCGGUCGUCGUGGAGGCCCUCAACAGGGUCCUCCACGGGGCCAACCCCGUGCCCGUCUACGCCCCGAACCUCAGCCCCCCGCCCGACAGCCAGAUCCGCCUGCCGCCCAGCGGCUUCAGCUGCCCCGAGUGCGGCGACGCCUUCGCGCUGGAGCGGAGCCUGAGCCUGCACUACGGCCGGCGCAGCGUCCACAUCGAGGUGCUGUGCGCGCAGUGCGCGCAGACCCUGCUCUUCUUCAACAAGUGCAGCCUGCUCAAGCACGCCCGCGACCACAAGAGCAAGGGGCUCGUCAUGCAGUGCUCCCAGCUGCUCAUGAAGCCCAUCGCCGCGGACCAAAUGUUCCCCCCGCCACCGCCGCCGCCGCCCCCGCCGCCACCCCCGCCCCCCGCCCCCGCCUCCCCCCAGGGCGGCCCCGCUCCCGCCCCCUCCCCGCCCGCCAUGCCACUCUUCUCCGACCCGCUGAGGCUCAUCCGGCACGGGAUCAAGUGUCUUGAAUGUAAGAAGCAGGUGCAGGACUGCGUAGCCCUGGCUGCUCACUACCAGAGGACGGGAGAAGACCCCGAGGGGCUGACGUGCCAGGUGUGCCAGAUGAUGCUGCCCAACCGCUGCAGCUUCUGCGCCCACCAGCGGAUCCACACCCACAAGUCCCCCUACUGCUGCCCCGAGUGCGGGGUGCUGUGCCGCUCCGCUUACUUCCAGACCCACGUCAAGGAGAACUGUCUGCACUAUGCCCGCAAAGUGGGCUUCAGGUGCAUCCACUGUGGCUCCGUCUUCACGUCCCUCGCCCUGCUGAAGGGGCACAUCCACGAGCGACACUGUCAGGUCUUCCACAAGUGCGCGUUCUGCCCCAUGGCCUUCAAGUCCGCCAGCAGCACGGCCGCCCACAGCGCCAGCCAGCACCCCAGCCAGCCGCACAAGGCCUCUCAGCUGAUCUACAAGUGCUCCUGCGAGACCGUCUUCAACAAGAAGAAACUGGUACAGCAGCACUUCUACCAGAACCCGAACAAGCUGCUGGUGGGCGUCUUCAAGUGCCCCGAGUGCCAGCUGGUCUACCUGCAGAAGCAGCUGCUCAUGCAGCACGUCAAGAGCGUGCACGGCGUCCCGCGCAACGUGGACGAGCUGUCGGGCCUCCAGUCGGCGGCCGAGACGCCCUCCGGCCCCAAGGAGCCGCCCGCCGCCGGCCCCGCCCGGCAGGACGGGCCCGCCGAGCGGGGCGCCGAAGCCCGGCACCGGGCAGAGGCCCGGCCCCGGCGGAAGAGCGUGGGCUGGACCUGCCGGGAGUGCCGGGAGUGGCUCUCCGACCGGGAGAGCUAUGUGUCCCACGUGAAGAAGAGCCACGGCCGGGUCCUGAAGCGUUACCCGUGCCGUGAAUGCGAGCUCUCCUUCCACACCUCCGUCACCCUGCGCAGACACGUCCGCAACAACCACGACACAGCCAAGAAGGUCUACACCUGCUGGUACUGCCCCGAGGAGCGGCCCACCUUCCCCCAGCUCCCCUUGCUGGAGAGCCACAUCAGCCUUAUGCACGGCAUCAAGAGCCCCGACUGGAGCCAGGCGGCCAAGGCCACGGCUCCGGAGAGGGAACCCGCCCAGAUGAGAGCCCCGAAGAGACCGGCCGCCGUGGGCGGAGAAGGCCCGGGCCCGACCAACGGGGAGGCCAGCCCCGCGCCCAAAAGACUCCAGGCCCUCUUCCAGUGUGCAAAGUGCAGCUUCGCCACGGACUCGGGCCCCGAGUUCCAGGCCCACAUACCUCAGCACCGGACGGGCGGCUCCGCGGCCCAGUGCCCGCUCUGCGGCCUCUGCUACACGUCGGCCGGCUCCCUCAACCGACACCUCUUCAUCGUGCACAAGGUGAGAGACCCGGCGGAAGAGCCGGAGGAAGAAGCGGAGGAGGAGGGGCGGGGGGCGGACGAGGAGGAAGAGGAGGAGGCCGGACGGGGGCGGCUGGAAGAGCCGGCCCCGCGGCCCCCCGCGGAGACGAGCGAGAACGGACACGAGGACUUGAACGGGGAGCCUCGCGGGGAGGACUGUGGGCCGGACGCACAGAGCCGGCCGCCGGCCACUCAGGACCGGGAGGGCCGCUCUCCGCCGCCCCGAGUCUGACCGGACGCCCGGCGGGGUGGAGGGGCCGGGCUGGCCUGUAACCGCCCGAGGUUGACGGGAAAUAAAAGCUCUGGCCGCGUGGCGUGCGUGUGGCUCCCCGCUCUCGUCCGGCCCGGCGAGCGGAGCCCGGCCCGGGGUCCCGGGGCCGCGUUGGCCACCCGCUGUCAUCUCCUAUUUAUGGGCUGGAUGCUUCUUCCUGGCCCCCCGCCGCCACCACCACCGCUCCGCACCGCGGUGGGCCCCCUCAGCCCGCUCUGCUCCCCUCUGCCCACUCCCUCCCGUCGCCCAGCUCCGGCCCCCGGCUCGGGGUCGGUGAGAAGCAGCUGGCCUGCGGGCAGGUGGGAGGGACCCCCCGCCACCCCCCUGGUCUGCCCGGGUCCCCCCACGGAUGGUUCGGAAGGGUCGGUCGUAGUUGCCGCCUUGGCUCCCCGCCCUUGUCUUCCCCCCGCACCCCCCACAUGGAGUGGGGGUGUCCGCAGAAGCCGGCCCCAUGGGGCUGGGGUCCUCAGGGGGUCAGGGGCUUCCGAUGGGCGGGAGGAGCCCCCCGCCGCUCUCCGUCCCCCAGGGUUUUGAUAUGAACUAUUUGGAAACUUUGUACUUUUGAU